AUGUCGGCUUAUGGUCCGUUGACAAUCAACUUCGACUAUUCUGUACCACCACCGCCAACAGGAUGUCUGUACGAGACUCCUCAUUGUAAUGGUGAUGCCGGUGUGCGCAGUCCUGCGCCACCUCAGUCUUCGAGUUUUCAGCGAAAAACUGUUUACAAAAAUGGGACUGUAGAAUUGACAAUCAUUGACGAUGAACCGUCACCAUCUGUUCCGUACAAUAGUCGGGACGCAAGUGAUCAACCUGAUGAAAUCGUCAAAAAUCUAUCUGGUGUCGGCGAAACACUCGCAACGCUUAGAGGAGGAAAUGUUCUCGAUAAAAAACGUAUAAUUCUUGAUAGUUAUGGAUUGGACAUUAAUAGGCAACGACGACCAUUGCCGGAAUGUAGGAUUGCUCAAGUUGUGCAGCGGAUCGCUUUCGGGGACCACCAAGAUCCUUGUGAUCUGCCCCCUCCACCGCCUCAUCCCACGGAUGUUGUGUCGGUUCGUAAGCUUAUGCGGUCGAAAAUGAUUCGUUGCAAACGAUGUAAAAACCGAUUCAUCGAGAGAAACAUAUAUGAACGGCAUUUAAGGGACAAACAUCCGGAAGAUUACACUAUCUAUAUCCAGGAGCAGGAGGCUGAGAUGGAACAGCAGAGACAGGAAGAAAUUGAAGCUAACCGAAUAGAAGAAUUGCAGACUGGAGGUUUUAUCCCUCCGGAAUCGGAAAUUGAAGCGUCUUCGUUUGAUGUCGAUGUUGAGGGGAUCCCUCUUCCUGGUGAGAACAACGGCGGCGUUGCUCCGCGUUUCGAUCAGUAUGGACGAUUAAAACAGUUGAAACGACCGUACAAGAAGAAGAUCUCUCCACAAUGCCCUUUUUGUGACAAACGCUUCCGUAAUGAAUAUUCGUUGAAGAAGCAUUUCGUAAAGAAACACUCUGAGCUGGUUGAAUUCAAACAAUGUACUAGGUGUUACAAAUGCGUGAAAGACGGCGAAGAAAUGGAGAAUCACUUAUGUGAAUUAACUUUCGUCUGUUUCGAGUGUACUCCUAUCCGUAAUCUCUGCAGUGAUGUGAGACUGUUGAAUCACCGAAAAAAAUUCCAUAGAGGUGCGAAUUCUGGCUUCAAAUGUAAUUUGUGUAACCUGAAAUUUCUUACACCACGAAAGCUUCGUAAGCAUAAGAAAAUGUCCCACGUGUUUACCAAAACUUUCCAAUGCCAUUUCUGUGAAGAAAUUUUCAUCAGCGAAGUUGCGGUCAUGACACAUGAACGAAUCCACACAGGGAUGAUAAAAUUCGAGUGCCGUAUUUGCGAUUACAAAGCAAAUCGAUUCGUUCAAAUGGAUGAGCACUGCAAAAACGAGCACGGCUACAUUUGUUCAAUCUGUCAGGAAAAAACUGCGGAAUGGAGCGACAUGAAGCAUCACACGCUGGUCAAACAUGGAGGGUACUUAGCUACUGAACAGAGUGCAGGAUACAUCGAGAGCCCUCGUGUGUGGGUUUUGUUCAAGGGUGAAUAG